GGGCCUCGGCAUUCUCGCCGCGGCGCCGCGCAGCAUUAGCUCUGGGUCGCGGCGUCGGGAGCGCAGGCGCCGGCGCUGCUGCUCGCAGGGUGCUGUGUAGAGGCGGCAGGCGAGGCGGUGCCGCCGGCCGGCCGGAAGGGCGCCUCAGCUCCGCCGGGGCCCGCGGUGCGGGACCCAGGACCGAGAGGAGGCGGCACCCUCCCUGCCUGGGGCCGGGCCCAGUGCCGGCCUGGAGGGGUCGUGGCCGGACGUUGCCAGCCCGGAGUGUCCCCAGCGCGCCUCCCAGAGAGGCCCCCCAGAGCUCCCGGCCGCCUCCUGGGGGUGUCCUCAGUCUUGGACUCACCUGCGCCGGCCGCCGGGCACCCCAGUGCGGGGGCGUGUGCAGUGAGGGCGCCUCCCCCGGCCGCCAGCGAGGCGGGGGCGGGUCCGCCCGCCGCCCUCGGCCUCACCGGUCCGCCUGCUGCCCUCAGUCUCACCGGUCUGCCCGCCACGCUCAGCCGCGCGACGUGAGCUCUUCGGGGACCGCGGGUCGGGAUGCUGCCCGCCCGCGCGGCCACCCGCACGCCGCGCGCCACUCCUGUCCUUGCUUCUCGGGCCAUGUCCCGCUUCUCACGUGCCGGUGCAGCCCCUGGCCACUCCGGGCCCCUCCGAGCCCCAGCUCCCCGAGGGUGAAGCCAGCCGACCCGCGAACGGGACUGCUCGCUCAGACCCGGGCCCUCGGACUCGGAUCCCUGCCUGCUCUGCCGCCUCCGCCACCCUCUGGGCGGGAUCCGGCUCUGGUGUUUUGAGGAGGGGGUGUGGUGUAGGGAAAGGAAUCCUGGGGAUUUCUGGCUCUCCCCCUUUUUGUGGCCUUCGGGGCUUCAGACUCAGGGAACUCGCUCAUGGCUUUCUUGAUGAAGAAGAAGAAGUUCAAAUUCCAAACCACUUUCACCCUGGAGGAGUUGACGGCGGUCCCCUUCGUGAACGGGGUCCUCUUCUGCAAGGUCCGACUGCUGGAUGGCGGGGAUUUUGUCAGCUUAUCGUCCAGGGAGGAGGUGCAGGAGAACUGCGUGCGGUGGCGGAAGCGGUUCACCUUCGUGUGUAAGAUGAGCGCCAACCCGGCCACUGGCCUGCUGGACCCCUGCGUCUUCCGGGUGUCGGUUCGCAAGGAGCUGAAAGGUGGGAAGACUUAUUCCAAGCUGGGCUUUGCCGACUUGAACCUGGCUGAGUUUGCAGGCUCGGGCUCCACCGUGCGCUGCUGCCUGCUGGAGGGGUAUGACACGAAGAACACCCGCCAGGACAACUCUAUCCUCAAGGUCACCAUCGGAAUGUUCCUGCUCUCUGGAGACCCCUGCUUCAAGACGCCGCCGUCCACUGCCAAGUCCAUCUCCAUCCCAGGCCAGGAUUCCUCCUUGCAGCUGACGUGUAAGGGAGGCGGGACCAGCAGCAGUUGCAGCAGCAGCACCAACUCCCUGACAGGGUCCCGGCCCCAUAAGGCCCGGCCCACCAUUCUCAGCUCAGGGCUUCCGGAGGAGACAGACCAGAACCUGUCCAGCCCCGAGGAGGUGUUCCACUCUGGCCACUCCCGCAACUCCAGCUACGCCAGCCAGCAGUCCAAGAUCUCUGGCUACAGCACGGAGCACUCGCGCUCCUCCAGCCUCUCCGACCUGACGCACCGUCGCAACACGUCCACCAGCAGCAGUGCCUCUGGUGGCCUCAGCAUGACGGUGGAGGGCCCCGAGGGUGGCGAGCGUGAGCACCGGCCCCCCGAGAAGCCACCCCGGCCUCCCCGGCCCGCCCAUCUGUCAGACCGCUCGUUCCGGCGGAAGAAGGACUCGGUGGAGAGCCACCCGACCUGGGUGGAUGACACGCGGAUCGAUGCAGAUGACAUCGUGGAGAAGAUCAUGCAGAGCCAGGACUUCACCGAUGGCAGCAACACUGAGGACAGCAACCUCCGGCUAUUUGUGAGCCGCGAUGGCUCCACCACGCUGAGUGGCAUCCAGCUGGCCAACAGGGUCUCCUCUGGGGUCUACGAGCCAGUCGUGAUUGAAAGCCAUUGAGGAGCAGGUGUCCAGGCUGGAGAAGGGCCCUGCCUUUGCGGGUGUCCAGAUCCGUGUCAUUCCACGAGGGUCCUUCCCCUUUGGAUCACCAUCCACUCUGCAUCUCAUCUGUGCCUCCUCCAUGCACUCCAGCCCCACUCCUGCCCCACUGCAUCAUUCCAUUGUCCUCCCAUCCAUGCUGGGACCUUCCUGGCCUCGGGCCUGGGCACCACUGUGAAUAUCCUUCUCUGAACCACUAGAGGGCAGGCCCAUGAAGUAGGUGGGCAAGGCAAAGACGGCCAGGACGCCCUGCUGGAGACCCACCUGGCCCCUUGAUGAGGACGUGCAGCAGCUCCUACACACGCGGAGCUGCUUGUGGCCGAGGGGCCUCUUGCCCUGUGUCCCCACUCACUCUAGGAGCACCAGCUCAACCAUGCCCUGGCAGGGCUCUGUUCCAUUGCCCCCUUGCCCUUGGGGGCCAGUUCACCCCCAGAAUCCUGCCACCGUGGCCCUCUGACUGCUUAGUGCUUCAGCUAUCCCUUCCCUGAGCCCCAGGAGACCCGCUGGCGGCCUCCUCCUGGGAGCCAAGACCUCAGACCCCACCCACACUCCAGUUUGAGACUCCCUCCCCCAACGAAUGUUCUCCUGCUGCCCGGGCAGCCUGCACUUUGCACAUGCUUGUGUCCAGCACAGCCCCACCGGCCCUCGCCUGCCCUUCCUCUGAUCCCUUCCCAAGGACUCCUGGGCACUGCCUGCCGUGCAGCCAGCGGCCCAGCCCGAGCAGCCCGGCUGGAACGUGGCGCCACCUCUCCUCCCUCUAGUUAGCUGCUGCUCAGGCCUGAGACCCAUGCUGAGAAAGGUCUGAGCUUCGAAGAUGGUUCCUCUCUGCCCAGGGCUGGGCCCUGAGCAGCUGGUUUCUUGUAGAAAGCCAGGAAGGUGCCUCCCAAGCCCUUGGAGGCCUGGGGCCUGACUGGGCUGGGCAAGCACCACCCCUUUCCUCUCCCCUCAGGGUCAGCUGGCCCAGGCUGAGGCCCCUGCUGGAGGGGCAGAUGGGCUGGGACUGGACCAGCUGGAGCUGGCUGCCAGGCCCCCAAAGCCUGAGCCCUCCUCUGAAAGCUUCCCCUCUCUGGGCAAGGGGUCCUUUAUGGGGGGUUCUGGUGGGGAGCAGUCUGGCCCUGCCCCCGCCCCUGCUCCUCACUAAGCCUCUGCUCUGAGCACUUUCCUCCCUGUCCUCAUUACUUGCUUGAAGGUGGUGCUGGCUGCCAGCCAGGCCCUGGACAGAUCCCCUGCCGCUCUUAAUUUUACCCAUUUUUGUAUAAACCCAGCAGGCUGGUGUUUACUUUACCCUACACUUCUUUUUUUUUUCUCUUUUCUCCCUUUUUUUGGGUUCGAAGUUAGGUAUUUUUCCUCCUCCAGGUGAGGGGAGGUGGUUCUGUUCUCUGCCCCGCCCACUGACUGGUCCCAGCAGCGCUGGUGAUCUGGAUGGGGCCGGGAUGCUGCUGCUCCCUCUGGUAGGGGUGGGAGUGAGGGUGUCCUCCCCAGGCUGGGAGGGUCCUUGUCUUUCUGCCCCAGCUGGCAAGAGUUGGAGUCUUGGUCUUGGAACCUCCCAGCAUUGGGCCAGAACAUUUCUAGGAUUUUGUUGUUUUUAAUCACCUAACCCUUUCAAAAAAUGAAUGUUAGAAGGUGCCUGCCGAGGCAGGAUGGAGCAUUUGCUCUGGCUGGAGAAGGCUCUGGUCAGCUCUGUGGGUCCCUUCCUGGCCCGUAGACACCUGGCACUUUAAAAGGGGAUUGGCUGCACUGUCUCCACAUGUAGUGACCCCCCAGAAGAUGGGGUUCCGCCCUUCCCCCCUGUGUCUGCAGGACUUCAGCCCAGUGGGAAGGUGUAUUUAGUGUCUGAUUCAGUUCUGGGGCUUUUGGGCAUAAAACAGCUGGCUUUGGUGCUGGUGGGAGACUUCCCAAACUAGGAACCCCAGCCUCACUCCAGAUGAGGUCUGAACUUGACAGUCACCCCAGGAGACAGAGCCUGCCACAUCCUCCCAUGCCGGGCCCUGGGCCAGGGUCAUUGGACUGCACAUUUGGCCGUCACCAAAUUAAUGCUGGCUGGAGCUGGAGGCCUAGAGCCCUGGCCCCGUCCCCACGUGGGAACCCUCCGGUCCCCUCAAGCUCAGUGACUUCCCACUAGGCGCCCACAGCUCCUAGACUUAAAAUUCUAUAGAGAGAGAGAGAGAUAGAGAGGAAUAUAUUAGAGAUAUUUUUGGAAAGGAAUUGGUCUAUGCAAUGUCAGUUUGGAAUCUUGGAAGACAGUUUAACGUUUUUACUAGGAGAUUUAAAGAAAAUAAAAAUCUACAAUAUUUUUAGGUUAUUAUUUUUGGUCACCCCACAAACUGACCACAUGGCACGAUCUGCCAAGAUGGAGAAUGUCCGCAUCCUCUUGAGGGAGGGGGAGGGGGGGUGUCUUUUUUUUUUUUUUUAAUUCCCCUCUUUUCUAACAGAAUGUUGCCACCACCACACCCUGAUUCAGUGGGCUGUGUUUGUAUCUCUGUCCCAGCUUCUGUAGAAAAUAACAUUGUAAAGGGAAAUCAGCCUAGUGUCAGUGUCUUGGUUUGGGGGAAUAAUUAAACGUUGCAAUUUUUGUUUGUUAUGGCA